AUAUGAGGGACGAAAGGGUUAAAUAUGGACAAGAUAGAUUGCCGAAUGUUAAGGGGGCAGCAACGUCAACAUUGAGAAAAUAACAUUUCAUUCUUCAUUAUUAUAUAUAAUUCUUAAAAAUUUCUCUUAUUUGUAUCUCCCUUAUAUAUCCCUUCAACAAUAUUAAAAGAAGAAGAGAAGAAGAAAGAGAAAAUACAACGGAAAGGAAGAUGAGAAACGUGGGGAGCUCGAGCUCCGGCAGGGGCAUAGCCGCAGUGGUCGGUGUCGGCCCAAAACUCGGCCGCUCCGUCGCCCGCAAAUUUGCCCACGAAGGCUACACCGUCGCCAUUCUCGCCCGCGAUCUCGGGAGGUUGUCGAGGGUGGCGGAGGAGAUUGCUCGUGAAGAGAAAGCUCAAGUUUUCGCCAUAAGAAUAGAUUGUUCGGAUCAAAGAAGCGUAAGGGAGGCAUUCGAAGGAGUUCUGUCGCUAGGGUUUGUAGAAGUGCUCGUUUACAAUGCUUAUCAGUCCGCUUCUUCCACUUACCGCCCGACCAGCUUCACCGACAUUCCUGUCGGUUCCUUCCAAAGAUCUCUCGCUGUCUCAGCCGUCGGAGCCUUCCUCUGCGCCCAACAGGUGAUUCCGGGGAUGAUUGAAAGGGGAAAAGGGACUAUACUCUUCACGGGAUGCUCGGCGUCUUUAUACGGCGUCGCCGGUUUCUCCGAAUUAUGCUGUGGGAAAUUUGCGUUAAGAGCUCUUGCUCAAUGCUUAACGAGAGAAUAUCAAGCCUUUGGAAUCCACGUCGCUCAUGUCAUCAUCCACGGUGUGGUCGGACCACCGAGAGGAUCGGCAAUGGAAUAUAGAGGAAUGGUAACGGAGCAGCAAACGUUGCAGAGCGAAGAAGAAGGAGAAGGGGAAAGUUCGGGAGUGACGGGAAUGGACCCAGACAGGGUGGCUCAGACAUAUUGGUACCUUCAUGUCCAAGACCGGUCUGCUUGGACACAAGAACUCGAUCUCCGAUCCUCCUUCACAAGCUUCUACUAGUUGCAGCUUUAAGACCCUAGCUACUCUUUGAUUCUUCAAAAUACUCAGUCACUGAUGUCUGUCCGUGUAUGGUUUGCCGAUAAUAUUUUGGUAUAAAUAUUCUUGUAUUUCGAGUGUACAUAAUCACGAGAGUAAAGGGUUGGUUUUGGAUGUGAUUAAUUAUAAAAAAAAAUGGUUAUUA